AUGGCAGCACCUCCAAGAACGAAGCCCACGUGGCUCUCUAAAGCUGCUACUUACGUUGGACUCAACCAGAAGAACGCCGAAUUGGUUCUACGAAGAGCCCACGUGGAAUCACAUAAAGAGAAACUAGCACCCUUGUUUAACCAGAAGUACUUAGAUGAGCUCAGUUCCAAGUCCUUUGAAGAGCCAUUGCCCCAGACAGAGAAGUACUUGAAGCAUGCUUUGAAUGUACCGUUAAUUACAGUGACAAAUUUGAACGUCGAGCCAGGCCAGAAACACUUUAUAGUGUGGCUCUGUGUGUCCUCAUACUUUCCAUUGAUAUCUGCCUGUUUGGCGCCUUUGGGGAACCUUAUAUCGCUCGUGGCGUUGAUAGAACAUUGGAGAAUUGACCUAAAUACGGAAGAGUUGGUGGGGGAGGAUACUGCUGCUAAGGUACUCAAUUGGACAGCGUUUGUGGCUGGUAUUAUAGGUAACGUCUCGUUGCUCAUGAACUUUUCAGGAACGCUUCGGUACCUUGUCACACAGAGUGUUCUGAUAUUGUGUUGGAUUUCCGCUGCUUCUAUGCUUCUUAUAGCGGUUCUUUUGACAAACGCUAGCUUUGUGGGUGGAGAUGUGGAAUAUAGACGCUCUGAGGGCUUCUGGCUUGCUGUGUGGACUAUAUUCAUGUACUAUUCGUGCUCUAUUGUCCAGUUGAUCAACCUUAUAGGGUAUAAACUCAAGAAGUACCCUGCUUGUUAUAAUCUUGACCAGCAGCAGCGGCUGCUUAUUAACUAUACUAUGGUAUUUGCUAUAUGGCAGGCUAUUGGCACUGCGGUGAUGAAACAUCUUAUAGGUGGGUUAUCAUAUGGGGCUUCUUUAUAUUACUGUGUUGUUUCUGUGUUUACUGUGGGACUAGGCGAUAUACACCCUGUGUCGACUGGAGCCAAAGUGGUUGCACUUAUAUUCUCCUUUGUUGGGAUUAUAAACCUGGGUAUGGUCGUAACGACGAUAAUUAGAGUGGUUGUACAUUCAGCUGGACCUAGCGUGUUUUGGCACCACGUAGAGGUACGACGCUUGAAGCUUUUGGAUAGGUACGAAAGGAACCCAGAAGAUCCUAUUUUCCAGGACUCGUUUCAGCUCAUGAGGGACAUGAGGGAAGGCGUCAACCGCCGUCAGAUCCGUUUCAACGGUAUCAUGAGUUUAUUCAUGUUCGUUGGGUUCUGGCAAAUCGGGUCUGUGGUGCUAUAUGUCGCUGAAGACUGGACGUACUUCAACUCGAUGUACUUUUGUUUCCUUUGCCUUUUGACGAUCGGGUAUGGAGACUUUGCACCUGCCUCCGUCUUUGGACGAGCUUUCUUUAUCCAAUGGGCCAUGGGAGCCGUUCCCCUUAUGACGAUAAUCAUAUCGACAGUAGCAGAUGCAGCUUUCAACACUGGCGACCGUAUAGAGCUAAUGUUGAAGCUCUUGCUCCAAUGGAGAACAUCUGACGAAGCUGAACUUCAAGAAGACCUUGAAUCUCCAUCCCCCAAAGAAUCAACUACCCCUACAUCCUCCCAGGAUCCCACCCAAAACUACAUCAACAAGACCAUCGCAGACCUCGAGAUCCUCGAGGCUAUCGUUCUCGACGCCCUAGAACAACCUCACAAACAGUAUACCUACGACGAGUGGUCUUCCCUUCUACAAAGAUUCCACCUAGACACUCAGAAUGCCCAAGACGCUCCAUGGGUUAACGAUGCAUCACCUCUACGACUUCCACUCAAAGAGCCCCACUACCUUCUCAUGAACAUCCCACGUGCUGCCCACGACCCGGUGGUGUUCAGGCUCUCUUCGUCUGUUCAGCUUCAUCUUUCACUGUUGACAUAUGCUGCUUAUACGCUGAUAGGCAUAGCGUUGCUCUGGCCGUGGAACUGUUAUUUAUCUGCAUCAGCAUACUAUGGGGACCGGUUUAGCGAUACGCCUGGUCUUUCGAAGGCGUACUCGUCGACGUUCAUGUCGGUGUCUACGGUGACUACGAUGUUGACGUCGUACUACUUAUCGCAGAAACAGGAGGGCGUGAAUUACCAUAAGAGGAUAUUCACUGGUUUGGUGGUGACGGUGGCGAUAUUUGCGUUUUUGGCGUUGACGUGUUAUGCUGAUUUUUUUAUUUUCAUGAAAGAUUACUCGUUCUUUGGUCUUCUUAUGGUGACGGUGCUUUUGAGCGGUAUGGCGUCGAGUUUGGCUCAAAACGGUGCUUUGUCGUCGGCAAAUGUGCUUGGAAGCAUUUAUACGAACGGUGUGAUGGUGGGACAAGCUAUCGCUGGUGCUCUUCCACCGUUGGCGCUUAUAUGUUCUCUUUUAUUGACUGGAAAGAACGAAAACGAGGAUUCGGGUGAAUCUCAUCCACACAAGGCAAAAAACGUCGGGCUUACGAUCUACUUCCUUAGCGCAUGCCUUGUGGCGCUUAUCUCGGUGUUUAUGCUUGGUUUGGCCAACAGAUACAAGAAUGCCAGUGCCUAUGUAUCGUUAGACGGCGAAGAAGGUCAAGAGGACGCCGAGGAACCUAUCCAAAUCACGCAAAAGAAGCAUGUACCCUUUGGAUUGCUCUGGAGCAAGCUCAAACUCAUUGUCAUGGCGAUCUUCAUCACUUUCUGCAUCACCUUAGUGUUCCCAGUGUUUGCAUCCACCGUCACGUCAGUCAGACAAAACCCCGAGUUUGUUUUAUUCAAAAAGAGCAUCUACAUCCCGUUCAUCUAUUUGGUCUGGAACAUGGGCGAUCUCGUCGGCAGAGUGCUCUGCGGUAUGCCCAAUUCGUACUUCCUCGUCAGAGCACCGAAAAAGUUGAUCAACAUCGCCAUACUAAGAUUAGUAUUCAUCCCACUCUUCAUGACAUGCAACAUCCACCCAGGCACCUCCUCUCCCGUCAUCUCCUCCGACGCCUGGUACGUCUUACUACAAUUCCUCUUUGGCUUCUCCAACGGCCAGUUGUGCACUUCCUGCUUCAUGGUGGUUGGCGACAACUGCACCACUGACGAAGAAAAAGAGGCCGCCGGAGGCUUUGCUACAGUAAACGCCCAAGAAAUCGAAACGACCAAUAGCAUGUCGUUCUGGGACAAUAAUAAGGACUCUUUCAAAUCAUUCGGUGCUUCUACGGCCCGAGGAAUUAGCCGAGGAAGCAAGGCGGUGGCCAAAGCUGGCCACGAUACGUAUAAGAAGAACGAGGCUAAGAGGAAAGGGUUGCCUCCACCUGAUCAAAGUGGUGGCAGUUCGUCUGAAGGUGGUUCUUCGUAUACCAAUUACCAGUAUACGCCGCCAGAUAAGGAGACAUUGGCUGCUUUGCCUGGGCCAGUGAAGAGAAACGUUGGAGCUCAUGAGGUGCCCAAGGCAGGCGAGAAGUCCAAGUAUCCAGCUCCACAGAGGACUCAGUAUACGUCUGGCUCUCAGCAGCCUCAGCAGCAGCAGCAAAACUACCAACAGCAGAAUUAUCAGCAGCCUCAGCAACCCCAGGCCUCUGGUCAGCCUCAGCAACCCCAGGCCUCUGGUCAGCAACAGUACCAGCAGCCUCCCCAGCAGCCUGCCCAGCAACCUGCCCAGCAACAACAAGGCUACCAGCAACAACAGGGGUACCAGCAGCAGCCAGAUCAACAGCAACAAUACCAACCUCAACCUUACCAACCGCAGCCGUACCAGCCCCAACAGUAUCAGCCUCAGCCGUACCAGCCUCAACCGUAUCAACCUCAGCAGCAACAACAACCUCAACAACAGCAGCAACAACAGCAGCAACAACCUUACCAACCGUAUCAGCCACAAAAUAACGUGCCUAGCUACGAACAGGCUCCAGGUACGACUCCUUCAUACGCUCAGGCUCCAGGUACUGGUCCUAAUGAACUGAGAGGACCUCCACCUCCACCUCCUCCGAGAGAAAACUCUUAUAGCUCUCAGCAAAGUGGUCCACCUCAACCUCCUCAGUAUGCUCAGUAUUCACAGGCUCCUCAGGGCUCUCCAAUGCAGAAUAAUGCCCAGAUUGCUCCUCAGUCUACGGCUCAAUCACAGCCAGAACAGGUUUCUUCUGAAUCAAGCACUGGCGAGUCGAAGAAAGUGCAAAUGUUCAGGCCUGACGUGGAUUUGAGCCAGUUUGCUCCUCCUCCAAUUCAUAAGGGUAGAAAUGGUGCUCCUAGUCCUGGAGUGCCAAAGUCUCCUGCUGGUCUGACUGCGUCGCUACAUUCAAGAGAGUCUAGGGCUUCGCCAGAACUUCCGUCUCUGUCGGGUUCGAUUAAAAGGUAUCAAAGCACUGCUCCUGAUCCCACGCUGUUUAUUCCUCCUCCAGGUAUAAGAAAGGAUGGCCAACCGCCAGUAGGAUACCAGAAGAUCCCACCAAAACAGCCUUCGAAUAUCCCACCACCAACUCCUAAUGCCCCUAAUCCUGCUGCUCCUAAUCCAGUUGCUCCAGGCCCUCCUCCACAGUUGCCACUGAGGAAUUCGGAUUCUGCUUCUGCGGUUGCAUCCAAACCAGCCAAACCAGCUCCACCUAAACCUCAAUCGAAACCUGCGCUUCCUUCAAAUCCUGCUCCAUCGGGCAAUGCUCCUCCUAGUCUUCCAUCAAGGGAAGCACCACGCGCUGCAUCGCCUCCUCCUCCUUAUGCCAUGGCUGAUAAUGAGCCAGAGACGCCUAGUGCACCUCCUGCUCCGGCUGCUUCAUCUGAUGGGACCCCAAAUUUUGCUGCACAAAUAGCUCAGUUAAGGAACGGUGCUGCUUCACCAACGGCUGAAGCAUCGGCUCCAGUAAAAAAGGCUGCUCCUCCUAAACCUGCUAAGCCAGCAAAACCUCCAAAACCAGCUAAACCAGCUCUUGGUCUGAAACCAGAAAUUGCUCCAAAGCCUGCCGUGGCGCCAAAACCUGAAAUAGCUCCAAAGCCAGAAAUAGCUCCAAAGCCAGAAAUUGCUCCAAAGCCUGAGGUAGCGCCAAAGCCUGAGAUAGCGCCAAAGCCUGAGAUAGCGCCAAAGCCUGAUGUCGCUUCGAAACCUGAAAUUGCUCCAAAACCUGCUCUUGCUCCAAAGCCACCGGUUGCUCCUAAACCGGCUUCAGAACUGGCACCAGAUGCGGGACAAUCAAGUGCUCCACCAAUCUCUAAGGCACCCCCUCCAGCUUUGCCUAGAAGAGACUCUCAACGUUCUAGCUCGGGACAGAAUGAUUCUACUACUUCUCGUGGACUUCCACCACUCAAUGCAUCUGUGCCGCAGACUUCGAAUCCUCCAAUAACUCCAAUUGUGCCUCUCGGUACUCAAGGUGGCCCUCCUUCUCAACCAAGCCAGCCUCCACAGCCUGCUCAGGCGCCUCAAGGUGAAGCUGAGGCGACUGCUCCACCACCUCCUAAAAGGAAUUACGAGAGAAAGGCUGCUCCACUUCCACCUCAAAACUCUCAGCCUCCAGCUCCAGCUCCGGUUCCAAACCCGGCGCCUGGCCCAGGUCCUGGUCCAUCGCCUUCUCAGGCAUCAACUAAUCCUCCUGAUCUCGAUUUGGAGAUGAGCACGGGUUGGUACAUGGCCACAGAUAAGCCAAUGGAGCUUCCAAAGUCUCUUCAGGGUCUCAACUACUCCACCUCGUUUAUGUACUCUACGCAAGGAGGACUAGGCGGAAGGAAGAAGACAUCUACGAGAGAAUUGACAGUUCGUCUUAAGGACUUAUCCAGAGUCAAGUACAGCUUCACCUGGAUCAAUGAAGAUAUCAGUACUGCUGAGGUGAAGGUGGCAGACUUCAUGCCAUCUCCAAUCACCACCAGAGUACCUCCACAUGCUGAUCUUGUUACUUACAGUCAGCAAUUCGGAGUGAAUGUUGCCGGAUAUUCCCUCCACAACGAAGGCCAACAAGUCGGUCGUGGUGAAUGUUGGGAUCUUGCCAAGUAUGCCUUGGAGCAAGGUUGUGCCAACCAAGCCUUUGUGUCUACCUACUACCAUCACGGUUUCCCCAUUCUUGAAGUACAAGGCGGUGCUAACGGCGCUAUGGUUACACGUCCACAAUGCGACGAUAUCCGUAAAGGUGAUAUUCUCCAGUUCACCACUGCCAAGUUCGAAAACAAGGCCACCGGUGCUUAUCAGACCGCAGGCGACCCAGACCAUACGUCAGUGGUGAUAGAUAAGGUUGGCGAGAAGAUCCAAGUGCUCGAACAAAACGUGGGCGGCGUCAAAACCGUCAAACGAGGCGAAUACGAGAUCGGCAACCUCACCCAAGGAAAAGUCGUCGUUUAUCGUCCCAUGCCUGCUGGGUGGGCCGAAUAA